UUAGCGUCAGCCAGUCAUCAAAUAGCAGCAACCUCUGGUCAGCUGCAAUCCGUUGUAGCAUUUGCUGGUCAUCUGCUGUUAUUCAAGAUGGCUGAUUUGGAACGCAUAAGGCUGGUUAUUCUAGGCGGUGCGGGUGUUGGCAAAAGUUCGAUUAUCAAACGUUUUCUCUUCAAAACCUACACAGACAAGUAUCGCGCAACGGUGGAGGAUCUCUUCAAUCGCGAAUAUGAUUUGGGCGGUGUUACCCUAAAGGUUGACAUUUUAGACACCUCCGGCGAUAUGCAAUUCCCCGCCAUGCGACGUCUGUCCAUUGCCACCGCCCACGCAUUCAUGCUGGUCUAUGCGUCAACGUCCGCGUCAAGUUUUCAAUGUGUCAAACAGUGUUUCGAAGAGAUACGCGAGCAGCGCGCAGACUAUCAAGAUAUUCCAAUCGUAAUCGCCGGCAAUAAAUUCGAUUUAGCCAAUACACACAGAGAGGUCAGGCUGGAAGAAGUCACGGACUGGGUCUACUGCGAAUUGCCGCGAUUAAGGGCGAAAGUGCUGGAGUGCUCCGCCAAGGAGGAUCACAACGUGACUGACCUCUUCAAAACGUUGCUGUCUUUGUCGCGAUUUCUACCCGUUGGGAGCAAUAAUGAUGGCACAAGUGGACUGAAGCGACGCUCUUCGGCAUAUGUUAGCGCAUCGUCAAGUAGAAAUAAGAAUCGCAACGCCAGUCCAUCCGUUUCCAGUGAUAAAAAGUCUAGUUUGGUUGACGCCGUUGAUCCGGCCACCAGCAGCAGCGAUGCCAAAUUAAAGCCCCGCUCUAGGUCACUCAUACGCCGUGCAUCGCGCAAAACCAAACAGCAAAUCAACAACGCGUCCGACGACUGUAAUUUGCAAUAAAGUGAAGGAGGUGUGAAAAGUAAAUGAACAUGAAAGGAAUGUAAAAACUGAACCACAAAGCAGGAACUUAAGGUUAUUAACUACAAUUGUGCAUCUGGGUAUAUGUAAGUCGGUAGGCAUAUGUGCGUUUGUGUGUAUUCGCGAAGCAGCCGGGUGGAUUGAACGCAAAGAUGUUAAUCUUAUGUUGAAAAAAUACAAAUUUUGAUAUGAACGCUUAAUUAGAAAUAUAAAAAACACUAUGACAGUAAUGUUAGUUAAUCGAUAAAUAGUUUUGUUUACGCAUACAUAUGCAAUUUUGUGCAUGUUUGUUGCC